AUGCCGGCUCUCCAUCGGCCUCGUCCUUCUAUCGCCGUGUCGCCUUCACUGGGCUCCCGUCACCCUCGCACGCGGCAUGUCGCAGCACGCGUCCACUCCGGCGGAGGGGCAGCGGACGCCGCGCCAGGCGCUGCGCAGUCAGAGGUGGUGGCGUUCGACGCGCCGAAGAGCAUUCCGGGGAUGAUGGAGCUGCGCCAGCUGCUGACCCACGACCCCGUCGGCGGGUGGGACAAGGCGUGGCAGGCGAGCACGACGCCAUGGGACCUGGGCGGCGUGACGCCGGCUGUAGCGGCGCUCGUGGCGGCACAAGAGGGGUCGCCGCUGCACCUGCCGCCCUCCAUCCGCCGCGUGCUCGUCCCCGGCUGUAGCACCGGCUAUGACGUGGAGGUGUUGGCAUCGGAUGGCAGGGAGGCGACGGCCCUUGACAUCUCGCCUGCCGCUGUGGUGCAUGCUGAGAAGAGAAGGUGGGCGUGCGUGGCAUGGCCCGCUCUACCCUCUCAACCCUCUCCUUCUCCCGCCCAUCCUCCUCCCGUUUGCUGCUCACCAGCGAUUGGAGGGGGUGACAAACAGGGCGGCCAUGGCGUUUUAGUGUGGCAACUGUUUUCACUACCGCCCACCACAGCCCACCACAGCCCACCACAGCCCUUCCACGCCGCGCCAUCUUGGACUGCCCGUGAGCCCAGCCCAGCCCGCCCCCAAGCCUCUCACCCCCCACCGCUCUCCCUCUCACUCCCUCACAUACCAAGCACCUGCUGCCAUACUAGCUAUCCCUCCUCUGCUGCUCUCCUUGCCCCAGUCGUGUGCCUGGCAUCUCAAUCGCUCCGCCAUCUGGUGUGUCGCAUUCUCUCCUACUGUCACCAACACCAUGUACCCGUCAUCCCCCUUCCCCCUCAACCAGUCUCUGUCAGUGCCCACAUGCCCCAUCGCCCCUGCCAUGCCCCUCACACCCUCAUGCCCCCGCGCACCAUCCCUCCAUGUCCCCCACGCACCAUCCCUCCAUGUCCCCCAUGCACCGUCCCUCCAUGUCCCUCCACGGGUCUCACCGCGUGCAGGUCCUUCUGUGCGCUGGCGCCAUCGCUGAGGGGCAAGAUAGCAGAGCUGCUCGCAUUACUCUCAUGUUCCCCGUGCAUCGAUGGACACGAGGGCGGCCCACCCUAUGCCGUCUCCAAGGACAGGUGCGCCCCUCCUCUCCCCGCGUCCUCCCUCGCCCCUCUCCCGCCUCUCUUCCCUGUCCACCCUUUCCCCACUCUCUCCCUUUCUCCCUUGUUCUACCUGUCCCCCUUGUUCCCCCUUGUCCCCCCUGCUCCGCCUGGGCACCAGGUCACCAGGUCAGUGCUCACAGUCAGUGUGCGUCAGGGCACAGGUCACCAGGGCACGGGGCACCAAGGCAUGGGGCACCAGGGCACUGCUGUGCUUGUCACCACUGCUGUGCUUGUCACCACUGCUGGGCUUGUCACCACUGCUGUGCUUGUCACCACUGCUGUGCUUGUCACCACUGCUGGGCUUGUCACCACUGCUGUGCUUGUCACCACUGCUGUGCUUGUCACCACUGCUGGGCUUGUCACCACUGCUGUGCUUGUCACCACUGCUGGGCUUGUCACCACUGCUGUGCUUGUCACCACUGCUGUGCUUGUCACCACUGCUGUGCUUGUCACCACUGCUGUGCUUGUCACCACUGCUGGGCUUGUCACCACUGCUGGGCUUGUCACCACUGCUGUGCUUGUCACCACUGCUGUGCUUGUCACCACUGCUGUGCUUGUCACCACUGCUGGGCUUGUCACCACUGCUGGGCUUGUCACCACUGCUGGGCUUGUCACCACUGCUGGGCUUGUCACCACUGCUGUGCUUGUCACCACUGCUGUGCUUGUCACCACUGCUGGGCUUGUCACCACUGCUGGGCUUGUCACCACUGCUGGGCUUGUCACCACUGCUGGGCUUGUCACCACUGCUGUGCUUGUCACCACUGCUGUGCUUGUCACCACUGCUGGGCUUGUCACCACUGCUGUGCUUGUCACCACUGCUGGGCUUGUCACCACUGCUGGGCUUGUCACCACUGCUGGGCUUGUCACCACUGCUGGGCUUGUCACCACUGCUGUGCUUGUCACCACUGCUGUGCUUGUCACCACUGCUGGGCUUGUCACCACUGCUGGGCUUGUCACCACUGCUGGGCUUGUCACCACUGCUGGGCUUGUCACCACUGCUGGGCUUGUCACCACUGCUGUGCUUGUCACCACUGCUGGGCUUGUCACCACUGCUGUGCUUGUCACCACUGCUGUGCUUGUCACCACUGCUGGGCUUGUCACCACUGCUGGGCUUGUCACCACUGCUGUGCUUGUCACCACUGCUGUGCUUGUCACCACUGCUGUGCUUGUCACCACUGCUGUGCUUGUCACCACUGCUGGGCUUGUCACCACUGCUGGGCUUGUCACCACUGCUGUGCUUGUCACCACUGCUGUGCUUGUCACCACUGCUGUGCUUGUCACCACUGCUGGGCUUGUCACCACUGCUGGGCUUGUCACCACUGCUGGGCUUGUCACCACUGCUGGGCUUGUCACCACUGCUGUGCUUGUCACCACUGCUGUGCUUGUCACCACUGCUGGGCUUGUCACCACUGCUGGGCUUGUCACCACUGCUGGGCUUGUCACCACUGCUGGGCUUGUCACCACUGCUGGGCUUGUCACCACUGCUGUGCUUGUCACCACUGCUGUGCUUGUCACCACUGCUGUGCUUGUCACCACUGCUGUGCUUGUCACCACUGCUGGGCUUGUCACCACUGCUGGGCUUGUCACCACUGCUGGGCUUGUCACCACUGCUGGGCUUGUCACCACUGCUGGGCUUGUCACCACUGCUGUGCUUGUCACCACUGCUGGGCUUGUCACCACUGCUGGGCUUGUCACCACUGCUGGGCUUGUCACCACUGCUGGGCUUGUCACCACUGCUGGGCUUGUCACCACUGCUGUGCUUGUCACCACUGCUGGGCUUGUCACCACUGCUGUGCUUGUCACCACUGCUGUGCUUGUCACCACUGCUGGGCUUGUCACCACUGCUGGGCUUGUCACCACUGCUGGGCUUGUCACCACUGCUGGGCUUGUCACCACUGCUGUGCUUGUCACCACUGCUGUGCUUGUCACCACUGCUGGGCUUGUCACCACUGCUGGGCUUGUCACCACUGCUGGGCUUGUCACCACUGCUGGGCUUGUCACCACUGCUGGGCUUGUCACCACUGCUGGGCUUGUCACCACUGCUGUGCUUGUCACCACUGCUGGGCUUGUCACCACUGCUGUGCUUGUCACCACUGCUGGGCUUGUUGCUCACUCCCUCUCUGGCUCAUUGCAUGUGCGGCCACUCACCUGCCUCUGGGUUCCUCUCCCCUUGACUGCACCAGGAGGCGGCUGCUUCUCUCCUUCUCCCCUUGUCUGCACCAGAAGGCGGCUGCUUCUCUCCUACUCCCCUUGUCCGCACCAGAAGGCGGCGGCUUCUCUCCUACUCUUCUUGUCUGCACCAGAGGGCGGCGGCUUCUCUCCUUCUCCCCUUGACUGCACCAGGAGGCGGCUGCUUCUCUCCUUCUCCCCUUGUCUGCACCAGAAGGCGGCUGCUUCUCUCCUACUCCCCUUGUCUGCACCAGAAGGUGGCGGCUUCUCUCCUACUCUUCUUGACUGCACCAGAAGGCGGCUGCUUCUCUCCUUCUCCCCUUGUCUGCACCAGAAGGCGGCUGCUUCUCUCCUUCUCCCCUUGUCUGCACCAGGAGGCGGCUGCUUCUCUCCUUCUCCCCUUGUCUGCACCAGAAGGCGGCUGCUUCUCUCCUUCUCCCCUUGUCUGCACCAGAAGGCGGCUGCUUCUCUCCUACUCCCCUUGUCCGCACCAGAAGGCGGCUGCUUCUCUCCUUCUCCCCUUGUCUGCACCAGAAGGCGGCUGCUUCUCUCCUUCUCCCCUUGUCUGCACCAGAAGGCGGCUGCUUCUCUCCUUCUCCCCUUGUCCGCACCAGAAGGCGGCUGCUUCUCUCCUCCCCUUGUCUGCACCAGAAGGCGGCUGCUUCUCUCCUUCUCCCCUUGUCUGCACCAGGAGGCGGCUGCUUCUCUCCUUCUCCCCUUGUCUGCACCAGAAGGCGGCUGCUUCUCUCGUUCUCCCCUUGUCUGCAACAGAAGGCGGCUGCUUCUCUCCUUCUCCCCUUGUCUGCACCAGAAGGCGGCUACUUCUCUCCUUCUUCCCUUGUCCGCACCAGAAGGCGGCUGCUUCUCUCCUUCUCCCCUUGUCCGCACCAGAAGGCGGCUGCUUCUCUCCUUCUCCCCUUGUCUGCACCAGAAGGUGGCUGCUUCUCUCCUACUCCCCUUGUCCGCACCAGGAGGCGGCUGCUUCUCUCCUUCUCCCCUUGUCUGCACCAGAAGGCGGCUGCUUCUCUCCUUCUCCCCUUGUCUGCACCAGAAGGUGGCUGCUUCUCUCCUACUCCCCUUGUCCGCACCAGGAGGCGGCUGCUUCUCUCCUUCUCCCCUUGUCUGCACCAGGAGGCGGCUGCUUCUCUGCUUCUCCCCUUGUCUGCACCAGAAGGCGGCUGCUUCUCUGCUUCUCCCCUUGUCUGCACCAGAAGGCGGCUGCUUCUCUACUUCUCCCCUUGUCUGCACCAGAAGGCGGCUGCUUCUCUCCUUCUCCCCUUGUCUGCACCAGAAGGCGGCUGCUUCUCUCCUUCUCCCCUUGUCUGCACCAGAAGGCGGCUGCUUCUCUCCUUCUCCCCUUGUCCGCACCAGAAGGCGGCUGCUUCUCUCCUUCUCCCCUUGUCCGCACCAGAAGGCGGCUGCUUCUCUCCUUCUCCCCUUGUCUGCACCAGGAGGCGGCUGCUUCUCUCCUUCUCCCCUUGUCUGCACCAGAAGGCGGCUGCUUCUCUCCUUCUCCCCUUGUCUGCACCAGGAGGCAGCUGCUUCUCUCCUUCUCCCCUUGUCUGCACCAGGAGGCGGCUGCUUCUCUCCUUCUCCCCUUGUCUGCACCAGAAGGCGGCUGCUUCUCUCCUUCUCCCCUUGA